AUGACGCUCCUUGCUCUCGGCGCCUUUCUCUUUCUUGCACGCUUUGCCCUCUUGCAAGUGCAUGGGUCACAAACAUUCUGGCCUUUAGCGAUACCGCUUGCUGUUCGCACGCCUUAUUUGAACACAUGGAUGUACAAGGUGAAGACGGUGGACAUUCUUCACAACCAAAUGCCGUCUUUUUUGGAUACGUCGUAUGAUAUUGGGUGGAACUGUUACAUCCGAGUGGAUGGAGAGACGUACAUUGUGUUUGGCGACAACAAUUUUCCGCCCAACUACACCGUGGCAGUUGGAAGUAUCGUUCAGACGGAACUGACCCCCACUCGUACCAUACAAGUCAUUGAAGCCGGUCCCAUGAACAUUACCUUGACGUUUCUCAGUCCCAUAAGUCCGUCUGACCUCAUACGCCAAUCCCUUCCGUUCGCCUAUGCGGCCGUGGGAUUUGCAUCCACCGAUGGCCAACCACAUGCCAUACAGAUGUACUGCGACCUAACUGGACAAUGGCUCGCCGAUGACUCCAGGGAAGAUCAAGAGAUGUCGUGGAGGCCGCCAACGCAAACCAGUACCAUCAUUUAUCAUCAAUUUGAGCUCGUAAACCAGGUGCCUUUCCAAGAGCAAGCAUUGACAGGACGAGCCAUAGAUGGUGCAAUGUACUUUGCGAUGGGGCUGGGACGCAAUAUCACUUGGCAGACUUGCGAACAAAAUGCCUGCCGCGGAGGGUUCGUAGAUACCGGCCGCGUGAACCCGAAUGACAACAACAGUACGUUUCGGGAUAUCGAUGAUGACUGGCCCGUCUUCCCAAUCUCUGUCGACUUAGGAAGUGUUGCUUCUCUGGACUCACCCGUUGUCUGGACAGUUGGCUAUGUACGCGAUCCAAGCAUCAGUUACACAUUGUCAGGAAACACGGUAUCCCUCCGCCCGUACUACACCACACAGUAUCCUACCACCGAAGACGCCUUGGAGUUCUUCGUCUCCGAUUUCAACGACUCGCUGACUCAGGCAAAGUUGUUCGAUACGCAAGUCCGUGAAGCGGCUUCCAGCAUCUCGGUGGACGGUAAACUGUACGACAUGCUUUCGCUCGCCACUCGCCAGGUGUUCAGCUCUCUCGAAAUAACGGCUCCCUAUCAGUCGGACGGCACGACUAGGAUCUUCAUGAAAGACUUGGGCACCAGUCAACGUGUUACUCCCGUGGAGAAACUGUAUGCUGCACUGCCCAUGUUCUUGUAUUACAAUGCCUCGCUAGUCAAGCUACUCCUGGCACCACUCCUUGAACAACAGAAUACGUCGUUGGGCGCAUAUCCGUACGCAUCGAAAGACCUCGGCUCCUUGUUCCCGGAUGUAUCUGGUCCGAACCUUACAUAUGCAGAGGCAAUCGAACUGGUAAUUGCAGAGUCCGGGAACAUGCUCAUCAUUGCACUCGCUCACGCCAAAUACUCAAACGACACGUCGCUGCUCCAUGGCUAUUAUCCCUUGCUCAAGGAUUGGGCAGAGUAUUUGACGGCACAUGGGCCAUUUCCUCCUCAGGGCCAAUUAUCUGUCGAUGAUGGAAGUGACGCCACAAACUCGACCAACCUGGCGGUGAAGGGUAUCUUCGCCAUCCAGGCCAUGGCGGAGAUCAGUCAAUUAGUCGGGCAGAGUAAUGAUUCUCAGCAGUUCAGCAGCACAGCGUCCAACUAUAUGAACACAUGGCAAUCGCUUGCCAUAUCAUCAGGAGGCGCCUCUGCGUCCGUGAAGCCGAAGUUUGGCUCGGAAAUCACAGGCAUCUGGUCUUUACCGUAUAACCUCUACCCGCAGAUCCUGUUUGGAUUCAACCUUCUGAACCAGACAGUACGAAUGCACUGUGCUGAUUUCGCCACACAGUGGCUUGACAAGCUUACUGUCAUGUAUGGGCAACUACUCUCAACCUCGACUGACAUGGAAUACACAGCCUGGAAUGCUUUCAUCGCGGCUACUUGCACCAACGACACGGUCCGUAGUCAGCUUCUUGACGCGGUCUGGAACUAUGCGUCAUUCAAUGGGACGUCGACCCCGUUCGGCGCGGUGUAUAACGUCGAAUCUGGUGCCUAUCAGGAUGGAAUGGCGAGGUCAGUUGUGCUACUCUGUGCUAGUGAGCCGACGUCUAAUUCGCGAGACAGCCCCGCAUUAGGAGGCCUCUUCGCCCCGUUCCUGCGCAGGUGA